AUGUCCAGGCGAAAGCUUCAAGAAGAGGAAGAUCCACCUGACAUUCCUGAUGGAAACUGUUUUAAAAAUUCCUUGAAGCUCUUUCAGAAACUAGUUGACAAAACAGUCACUCAGAAGAGGGAGGAAAGAUUAGGCUUGUACAUAAAAGAUGCUGAGGAAAUGGAUUAUGAUAAAUUCUUUGCUGCUGUCCAGAUCCUUUUUGGUCCAGAUGUGAAAACCCAAGAUGUUAAAACCUUCUAUAGGAAGAUUAGCAACAACCCAGAUGGACGGACGGAAUGGUGCGAGAUCUUUGGAUAUUAUAUACUGGACGGCGAUGCCCUUGCUGACCAACUCGAUGAAGAAAAUAUGGUUUUCCUGGUAUCCAAAAAACAACGGAUUACAAAAUCUGGAGUCAAGAGACGUGAUGUAAUAAUGUGCAUAGUAAAGGUACCACAGCUGGAUUUUUUGGUAACAGCAUCUCAGAAAGGAACGCUAUCCAUUUUUUCCAGCCAGAUGAGGAUCGUGACAACCACAAGCAUUCCAGACAGUUCCUGGAUCACUGGAUGUGAUUACCUUAGUCAACUCAAGCGUGUUGUUGCUGUGACAGAAAGAACCAUCAUCAUAUGGGAUUAUAAAUCACAAGGGUCUGCCCUGGAUAAUUGUUUUAUCAUCAAACCCAUGGAACAUUGUCUCCUCUGUGUUUGUGCAAUUCCUCGACCAGCAGAACUGCUCGUGAAGGAUGACAUCUUAAUGGGGGAUGAUGGUGGAUAUGUUAAUUUAUUUACAAUGACCAGCGAUGACUUUGGUCUAAAACAAUCUAAAUCUAAAAAGAACGCACAAAUUAUGGUGAUAGAUUCUAAGAAAUUCAAAAAUAUUAAACGCAAGCUGCACAAUGACUGGGUUGUAAAAGUAAAAUACUUUCCAGCCUUGAAUUGUUUUGGAUCUUGUUCUUUGGAUAGUGUUCAUUCUUUGGUUUUGGAUGACCUGAAAAGAAUAGAAGACAACAUUCCUGUCCGGGAUUUUUCUGUACCAAGAGGAGUUAAUGCUUUCACAUAUUGUGGAAAAGCCAACAUCGUCGUUACGGGAGGAGAUGACAAAAUUCUUCGUUUGUGGCAUCCUAACAUCAACACCAAGCCAGUGGGAAAGCUGAUGGGACAUUUAUUUAGUAUCACAGAGAUUGUCACCAAUGAAAAGGAUCAGCACAUUAUUAGCCUUUCUACUGCAAAGAUUUUCAGAGUGUGGGAUAUCCAGACACUUUCUCUGUUGCAAGUCUUCCAUGACACCCAAGGGGGACCCAGAGAGACACAAAUCUUUACUAUGAUAUUUGACAAUAACCAUGGCACACUGAUUACAGGAUCGACUGUCAUUGAUCUUUAUCCUCUAACACGUAUAAUACAAGACACUAAACAGGUCCCCCAGACACAUGAGAGGAGUAUCAACGUGCUAAUUUACAACAAAGCCUUUCGCCAAGUUCUUACUAUCUGUUCUGAGUCUUUUAUAAAGGUCUGGGAACUGGAAUCAGGGCAACUAAUAUACCAGAUUGGGGAUGCUCAUGGGCCUAACAUUGAGUUGACAUGUGCAGCAAUUGAUAAAAAUGGAUUUCACCUUGCCACAGGAGCAUGUGACGGGACUGUGAAAACAUGGGAUUUUGGAAGUGGACAGCAACUUAAAGUUUUGCUUUUACCCAAGGAAAGCAAAGAUAACGAACACUGGCUGAUGCAGAUGGUUUACCUGAAGGCUAGUGAGAGUAGACAUGUGAUCUUGGUCUUGGAGUACAGUGGGACGGUCAAAAUUGUCCAGGGUAAUGAAGGUGAGAUUUUCCUGUGUGUUACUUGGGAACUUCCUGAAGCUGUGUCACUUGCUCUACAAGGUAAUCCACUCAUGUCCCUAAAACUGAGUCCCAAUGCCAAGAAAAAUAAUGGAUUUUAUCCAGAUGUUCAGCUGUUGCCUGAUAAGGAUCCUAAGCAACUCAAUGCAGAGUUGACUCCUGGGACAGAAGUGAAAUGUUUUGAUCUGCUCAAAGUGGAAGGUUACAAUUUGUUAGCUACUGCAAGUGCAAAUGGCGCCAUCAUCAUGUGGGAUUUUGAAGCUGCCACUGCCAGACAUAUAUCCAAAGCUGGCAACACCGUUCAAGCAGAUGGACCUGAAUUACUUGGAAUCAAUGGGUUAUUGUUCCUCUAUCGAACUCCCAUCUCUGAUAGGCAGCUUAGUCAGUCUUCCACCUACAGUUCAGAUCCGCAGAGUGAUGAAACCCCUUCACAGGAUGUAGAAGGUAGCACCACAAUGAUAAAAAUGGACGUUGUUAAAAGUGAAAUUGGUGGAAUGGCAAAUGUUUCAGAAAUGAAGUUUCCAGAGUCUCCCAUCUUGGAAAGUAAAGGAAUAUCAUCCGGUGUCUUAGAAGGUGGAGGUGGUGUACAAGCAGAACAUCACUACAUACCCAUUCUUGUCUCUGCUCAUGAAGAUGGCUUUAUUUAUUUCUGGACUAUAACGGGAGAUCUACUGAGAGAAAUUUUGCCUUUCACAAAACAUCCUCCAAUUCCUUUGACAGCACUGUGCACAGACAUUUCUGCUAAAAUGCUUUUUGCUGCUAAUAAAGAGGGGCAUGUUCUCCGAUGGAAUGUUGGCUCAUUCUUAGAAGAUCCACUGGAUGCCAGCAAGCAUGUAAAGCAACAAAUCUGCUGGAGAGCUCAUUCUGCCAAAAUAGUCAACCUAGUCUAUGAUGAAGAAAAAAGCCUAGUGGUGACUGCUUCCAUUGAUAAUUCUGCCAGGCUCUGGCAUUCACCUGGCGGACACUACUUUGGUUACUUUGGUCAACGCAGAUUGUUUGAAAUUUUUGAAGCCAGUGAUAUAAUUUUGCCCUGUGAUGUAAAUGAAAUUCCCUUCACAAUUAAAGACGACAGCAAGUAUAUGGAGAAAAAGCAGAAGUUCGAAUACCCUCUAGUCCUUGACAGGGAGAGGUGGAAAAUGCUAACCAGAAGCUCUUUAAGUUUGAAAAAGCCAGGCCCACUUGAGGUUGAUCAGGAUUUCAAGUUUUUCAAAGCCCUGGCUUCUCCUAAGAUUAACAAACACCCUCUGGAAAGCUUCAAAUCUGGAAACAAAGAUAUUGGUGUUGUAUUUGGGUCUAUACCUAUAUACAGGGUUGUAAGUCCUCCAAGACUGAAACAAAUUCCUACAAGUGACCAAGAUGCUUCUAUGGAAAAUAUCGUCAAGCGAAGCAGAAUUAUUUCUCAUUCAUUACCUGUCUUCAAACAAACACAUAUACCUUCAACCAGAUCAGGACCAAUUGCAAGACCAAGUAUUGUGCAUGCCAACCUGACAGAUCUUACUGGCUUAAAUCAAAAUCCAGUGCACACUUAA